UUCGUUCUCUUUUUUUGUUGGUUGUUGAGUGACGAAUGGCGAUGAAGGUUCUGUGCUUGGUCCUUGCUUUCGCAGCUGCGGCUCAUGCCGUCAGCUUGGAAGACGAUCAGGAAUGGAUUGGUUUCAAAACUGCCUUCGGCAAAUCCUACUCCAGCCGUCAAGAAGAGCUUCUCCGUCGUAAUGUGUUCCGUAAGAAUCAAGAACUCAUCCAGGAAACGAACCAGAAGAAACUCGGAUUCACUGUUGCCAUGAAUCAGUUUGCUGAUCUGACCAAGGACGAUUUCGCUCGCUCCGGCCUGGCACAGCCUGAGGCUACCAACUACAAGCGCACUGGUGGAGCGUUCCUGUUCCCUGAGAAUGAGGAUCCUGCAAAUCUCCCUACUGAAGUUGAUUGGCGUAAGCACGGUUAUGUCACCGCGGCCAAGGACCAGAAAUUGAGAAAGUGCGGCUCCUGUUGGGCUUUCGCUGCUACUGGCGCCCUCGAGGGUCAGCACUUCCGAAAAACUGGGAAGCUGGUUUCUCUGAGUGAGCAGAACUUGGUGGACUGCGCCUCAGCUGAGGGUGACGCUGGCUGUCGUGGCGGCCUGCCCAGCUACGCUUUCACCUACAUAGCCAUCAACGGCGGAAUCAUGUCCGAGGCUGACUAUCCGUACAAGGCCGUGAAGGGUAACUGCUCCUACAACCGCAACCGUGCCGUGGCGCACGAUAUCGGCUGGGUCCGUUUACCAGCAAUGAACGAGACCACUCUCAAACAGGCUGUCGCUACGAUCGGGCCUGUUGCUGUUGCCAUCGAUGCCAACGACCCUCUGUUUUGGAGCUACAAGAGUGGAAUUUUCAACAGUACAUCCUGCGGGAGCGGUCGCCAGUAUCUUACUCACGGUGUACUUGUCGUGGGUUAUGGCACGCAGGAUGGCAAGGACUACUGGCUCGUCAAGAACUCCGUCGGUACGUCGUAUGGACAGGACGGUUAUAUCAAGAUGACGCGUAACGCCGACAACCAGUGCGGAAUCGCCACGCUGCCGUCAUACCCGGUUGUUUAACCACUGCUGCAUUCACAACACCUGCAUUUAGCUGAGAAACUGAUCGGAUUCAUCAACUUCUCUCGCUGACAUUUUCUUCUGCGCAUUUGUAGAAUUGCUGUUGUAAACUUUAUUUAUUUUGUUAGGUAUAUUUUAAUUGGGUAUCAUAAUGUCAGUUGCUUCGAACAAGAAGAUGAUGAAGACCUUGAAAAACUGCUGGAGACUGUUUGCAUGAUUUUCCCGCCAUAACUAGGGUGUUGAGCCCCCGGGGCAAGUCAAGUACAUUGUACUAUAGGCGACAAGCCUCUGGGUCAUCCUAAUAAAGACAUUAUUAUUACAACCGUACACACUGUGACACUAUGAUACCAGCUCUGCAUAAAAGUUCAUGAACUUUGUAAAGUCAUACUCGCAUAAAUCGUA